AUGUCAAUAGACUAGCUAGUAGUGUCAUAAAAACAGAAAAACUGUUAUUAUUAUUGAAUGUUAAUGAAUAACUAAUUUCAUUUAAUUAAUAACCUGUGUCAAGUUUCAGCAGUGUGUGUUUAUCGUGGUGUUUUGAGAUAUAGAUAUAUUUUUUACUAAAUAUCAAAAACAAAUAUAUUAACUGAAAAACAAUACUAUUCCUUCAGUCGGGGGUAACGUUUGUAGGUACUUAUCUCGUGUUUCAAUCCAAAGAUGGGACGUAAAAUACCGGCGAAAAAGCAUCGUGGUGUGAAGGAUCCUUUAGUGCAACAGGCGAGACGCUUAGAAGGGUUAAAGGGCAAAAUAAAUGCUCCACCAAAGGACCCUGAUGAGCAGCCAGUGCCCAAAUCACUGACAAGACUUUUUGCAUUCCAGGAUAAAAAAAUGGAAAUAAAUGUUACAAAGAAAAAUAAGUUUAACAGUCAGAUCAAAAUAAAAAACAAUAAAGGCGGCAGUGCGAGCGCUGCGAGCGCUGCGAGCCCCAACCCUGUGUCUCGGCUGCGCAAGCUGCCCGGGGAGUCCGGCCGAGAGUUCUCACUCCGCAUCAACAGCGCUGUGAAAGCUCUACACAACCCGAUUGAAGACCUACACUAUCCUGGUGUGGGUGCUCACAGUAUAGGUCCCAAAGAAAAUAAAUGUUUCAAUAGAAUUUGGGCUUACACUGAGUACAGUAUUAUUUUGCAGGCAAGCAACGAGCGCCAGGAAGUGGUGUACGAGCGAGUGUCGUUUGGCGAAGUGACGCACGCACCGCCGGCCCUGCACUUCAAGGCCGCGGCCGGCGCUCCGCGGCCGGGCCGCCGCCAACUACUGCUGAACUCGCUGCUGGGCCCCGGGGCCUCGGCGGCGGGCGCCCGAGCCGCGGCCGGCGCCCAGACCCCGUCCGAUGCCGAGCGCGCGCGUCUGCAGGCCGUGGCAGCGUACCGAGCGCUCAAAGCGAACAAACACAAAAUGAAAUAAACUCGUCAACAACUA